AGUAAAGUUGCGGCGGGAAAUAAAAGUGUUUACGUGUCUUUGAAAGUUAGUUUUGUGUGACUGUAUUCACCCACACAAAGCACAUGUGUUAGUUUUACCCUUUCAGCAAAUAAACACAAAACCCUCUUAAAAAGAUAUGUGUGACUAAAUUACAAACUUAGGCCUAGUUAUUAAUAUUUUAAGAUUUGUUCUCUUGGCAGCUAAAUGGCAUCGCCUCUGCCUCCAGUCGAUAUUGAACAGCAGAACAUUAUCGAUAAAUUGGCUGAAUUUGUGGCCAGAAAUGGGCCAGAAUUCGAAGCACUAACAAGUGAAAAACAGAGGGACAACCCAAAGUUCGCAUUUCUUCGAGGUGGCCAGUUCCAUGAAUAUUAUAUGUUUAGAGUUAACGAAGCUCGUAAAAUUUGGCAGCAGCAGUAUUCAACGAAAAAUAAAUCGCAUCAGGUUGGAGUAAUACUUUUUGAUAAUUUUAUACCAGGGUUUAUAUGGUUUCUAAUACAUAUACGUGGUCAGGGGGGUUGUUUUGUAUGCGGUAGAUUUGUCAUUUUCACGAAAGUAUCUGUCAUAGGACCAGGCUUAAGCAUUCGCUUUUUUGCCGGUGCUAUAUUCUUUGGAAUUGUACGUCACUGACAGUUCAGGGUCGACUUUAUGUACCGAAACUAAGUAGUUAUGGUUAGAUAACACAUUAUCCACAAAGACCGCUGAACCCAACUUCUGGUUUUUUUAUUUUCACAACUAAUCCCAAAGCAUCAAGUCUUCAAAAUGGCUCGUAAUGUUGACUUGGUUAUUUGCUUUUAGCUUGCAUAUCAAAGAAUAAUUUGACAGGAACACCAGAUAGAUUAAUACAAUUAUCAAUAAAAUUAAGGUUACUAAGUAAAUAAAUGUGUAUUUGUUAGCGUGAAAGGAGUUAAAUUCGUUGUAUCUAUACACAACAACUAUUGCGAAUUACAGUACUUGAAAUUAGAAGGCCAAUUCAUGUCUCUAAAGCCACGUUCACUCCCUGGUUACACUUUUAUUAGACUCCAAACUUUACAUCCACUAAGGAGUAAAUAAAUAGAAGCUUCAUAAGGCCAUAUACAAAAAGUAUGAUAAGGGGGAUUCAGGGGCAAAAUAUACAUGUGAUAAUGGUUCCUACUUUAACUAAAGGAUGGAAAAAUUAAAAAUGAUAGAACAAUCAACCGCAUUAAUAAGUUACUCAUUACUUAUACCAAAGUGAGGAGUAAGUGCAUCUCGAUAAUUGCGUCUAAUUAUGGGCCAUAUUUCUUAAAGUCCUUGUAUAUGACCCAAGUUUAAGCACCAGAGUUUCAAGAUUUCUGUCACCGGCUUCGACCCUACUCUGCCUACUUUGGUUUUAACAUUAGUAAUAUAUCUGAUCUCCAUAGAACGUAUCUAAAAACUAUGCAAUUAAGUCCGAGUUUGUCUUUCGAGCUCUAACGUGUUGUUUAGUUUAAUUAAUCAGUUUUUCGACCAUCGACUUUUCAUAAAGACCGACAUAAAUUGUAGGUCCAUAAUACGGCUGAGAUGAACGAUCUAAUAAAUCGGUACUUUCACUCAAUCAGUAACUGUAUAUUUUUGUCCGUUUGGUAGAGUGCACUCAUCUGUCUUCAAUUUAAAGACUUUUCUCUCGUAAACAGUAAUUUGGAACACUUUUUCUAGAAAUCACACAACGACUAUGAUUGUCAUAGGUCAUCCCCAACGAUAUUAAGGCUUGGUUGUUAUGCCCUAUGCUUGCCGUCAUAGAAGAAAUAGGGCAUGGUACUAAUUUCUACUUUGAACGUAAUUCUUGCGAACCAGCUGGUCGCCUGAACGAGUCAUAGUUCAGACUGCUAAAUAGUAAGAUUUCUGACAGCAAUAUUGAGGCGUUUAACAGCAUUGUUUUUAAGGUAAUAAAUAUCGGUUGUGGAAAACUAUCAAUUAAAUUUCUAGCUAUAUCCAUAUUAGAUUUAACGGUUUAUAUAAGCUCAUAUGUAGGCAGAUAGACCCCAGUGUUUAAUUCCACAUUAAGUGCCUUACAACAGUUCAUAUAAAAGCAACAGAUAGUAAUAGUGAAUGACGAUUAUAUUUGUUGAGGGGUAAAUAAAUUACAGUAAUAAAUUCUGCAGUCUUGUACUUCGUGUCUUUACAGUUACUGAUAAAUAUAAAGCUAAAUAACCAAGGUUUUGUAGUGUGGCGUCGAGUUGCGGUUGACUAUGAUCACCACUACAAGGUUGCGUACCAGAUAUCAGAAGGCGAUUGGAGGUUGUAUUGAGAUAUAUUUGUCGGCGAUCUCGUGGUAUCGAAAGAAUAUCGAGAUCGUGCAAAAAGAGUACAAGCGGAGUCACUGAGCAAACGUAAGCGCGUGCAAGGUCUCAAUAAACAGAAGGAAGAAUGUCUUUAGUACAGUCAAACAAACAAGUACAGUAAAACAAUCACUGGUACAAUUGGUUAUAACAAUAAUUGUUUCCAUUAAACUAAUCUCGUUCUCUUGAUAAAAGCAGGUCACUAUAGUUUAAUGGAGAAACACAUGUUAAAUGAUCUAAAUAACUUUGUUCUGAAGAGGCAGCUUACGCUAAGUUGCGAGGCGUUAAAAAUUUGAUUUUCUACUCAUCAGGAUAUUGCAUGUAUAUCAACAGUUUCACUAAUAACAACCCAUUCGAUUCACAGUUUAUUUGGGAUUAUCAGGUCAAACGUUGGUUAUGAUACCUGCGAAUGUAUUCUUAGUUCUGAAGUCUGUAUGUAAAUGUAUUUCGAUUGUCCCUCGGCUAUUGUAUGAGUGAAUAUUCGCCUUUAUUAAUUAAAUUCACACAUCCUUCCUGAAUGUCUUUUGUACACUUAGUUUGUUUCCUUUAUCAGCGACAUUUGUAUUUUCUGGUCUACUACCGAUACCUUUCAGCUACUAAAUAAUUUUGCUUCAUUUUUAAAGUUAAUCAAAAUUUCUUUUUUCUUCAAUGUAUAUGAAUAAGAAACCAAUGACCUUAAAGCGUGUGUUCUUAAGAACUUUAACUAAUUACGUACCACAUUUAAUAACACUCUGACGUUAUAAAUGCAUGUAUUCGCCGGUAGGGGUGUGGUCAUGCGUAAUAAUAGAUCCAGAAAGACCAAUUGGUAUUUAGUUCCGAUUGAUUACAAUGCCUGUCGUUGUUAGCUUGGCUUAACGGCCUAUUCUAUCUUUCUGUUAAGAUUCUCAAUUCCAGAUCCAACUGGGUCAAUAUGAAUGAACAAUGGGAUCAGUAUGGUGGAAAUCCAGAUCAUUGGCAGCGUUAUAGUUCCGCACCACCAGGGCAUUGCGGAUGGGGUGGUCCAGAUCCAUCAUGGUAUCCAAAGCCACAAUGGCCACAUUUUCAACAGGGUAUACGAAUGCAUGGCGGUCAACCUGAAUAUCCAUACCAUCCUCCUUCGGAAGCGGUAGAUUCUUAUCGCCAUGGAAAUUAUAAUAAUCAUCCUCCAUAUGGUUACCCUGGACACCAUGGAGCAUUCCCGAUUCAACAGUUUUCGUUUGGACCUGAGACUUAUCGUGCACCGAGACCUCAUUAUGAUUACCAAGUUCCUGGUGGUUCUGAACUAGGAGAAGCUGAUAUCGAACAAAGUGAGAAAAAUUUGGCUGCUCAGCAUGAGUCGUUGCUUGCUCGUCAAAACGUUGAAAUUCUCGAGCUCUUAGACAAAAAGAGAGAGGAAAAUGUUAGGAAAACUGGAGAGCAAUUGAAUAUGUCUUGGGAACAGAUGAAUGAAAUGAUCCAACCACUCAUUGAAGCCUGUACAAAAGAAAAUAUAUCUAAAGGAAAAUCUUGGGUUGUUGACAAAAUGUCUGAGUCACCUGAGCUAACUAAGCUAAUGUCUGAUUAUCUAAUAACACGUGCAAGUGCUAUUAGUGUUACAUUUGACUUAAGGCUCCACUUGGUUUACUUGUUAAACGACCUACUUCAUCAUUCUAAACGUCGUGGUGCUCCUGUUCAUCUGCAAGAAGCUUUACACGAAACAGUGCCGGUAAUUUUCUGCCUAGCGACUGAGAUUGCAGAUGAUGAACAAAGAGCCAAAAUUAAUCGUGUUUUAAGCUUGUGGGAAACCAACUCUUAUUUGCCAGUCGAAGUUUUGGUAAAGAUGCGACCUCCAGAAUCAGGUAAAUUCUUAGCGGAAUGGAAAGAAAGUCAGUCAAAGCCGUUUGAAAGUGAAAUAGACAAAAUAAAAGCAAAUAUUAUGAAUCAAUACACUAGUCUUGAGCGACAACAUCAAGAGUUUGCAGAUCAUGUACUACGACAGUUAGCUUCGUCACAUUCCGAUAAGUCUGAUGAAGCAUCUAUCUCUGAUAAUCAUCAUUCCCAAUAUGGAUCAUCUCAUCAUCCUAUGCAGAAUGUUGAUCCAAACUUUACGUACUGGGGUCCACCACCACAGACUACUGGAGGAUUCGAUAUGCUUCCACAGGAUAUGAUGAGCGGGUCAGAUCCAAGAGAUAUGCAACGUCGAAUGCCUGGUUAUCCCCCACCUUCACAAAUGUCAGGGUAUACAGGACCUGGUGGUGGUGGGGCAAGUUAUCCUCCUCAAAUGGGUUGGCCACCUGGGCAGCAUGAUUCUGCAAAAUGGAAUCAAUCUGUACCUAACUACAACUCUCAACCUGGACACAAAAAUUUUGGUGGUCAUGAGUUAAGCAGCAAUGUAUAUAUUGAAGGUGAAGAACCAGAAGAUGAACAAUCUGUGUAUCCUAAUUCGUCUUAUGAAUGCGGAUCUUAUGGAGGUUAUUAUAAUCAUAACAAUAACGAUUAUCGACAGUAUGAAGACUCUUCUCAUGGUGUUCGAAAUACACGAGACAAUCAAAAUAAUCGUGAUGAGAAACCUCGAACAUUUCGCGGUAGUCGUCCUUCACGAUUUUCCUCUGCUCCAUCUCAUCCUGAGACAGGUAAUGAAAAGAAAAUUGAUCGUAGUGAUACUGGAAAAAAUACUGUCAGUAUGGAACAGCAACACAUAGCACCUAAGACUGAUCUAGAAAUGCCAAAAAAUUCAGAAAAUUCUAUGAUACCGGUUGUUGAAUCUUAUGACAUAAAUCAAAAAUUCCCCGCUUGGCAAUUACCUGCAGGAUUAGUACAUCCAUUAAUUCGAUUAAAAGAUUUUGAUUUUACUCCACUGAAUGAAAACAGUUUGCAAUUAUUACCUCCAACAACACCGUCUGAACGUUUGCUUAUGGCAUUGGAGAAUUUUUACAUGCCACCUACCCCAGAUAAACCACGUGACGGCGAAGGUUGGGAACAUAUGGCUCUUCAUGAAUUUUAUACGAAAAAAGAACGCGCUCGUCCUUCUGAGCAUAAAGAAAACGAUAGAGACAACACAUCUACCAGUAAAGCAAAGUCAAAUCGACGCCGUCAACAUAGUGGAGGUAGUUAUGCAAGUAGUCAUUCAGAAUAUGAUUUCACAAAUGAAUUAGUUCCAGACCUUCAACAUGACACAGUGGUUGACGUUGAAAAGCCGUUUUCACGUGACAAUUCAGAUAAGGAAGGUCCCCUUGGGCCAUCACAAUUAUCAUAUAUAACAUCUUAUCCCAAAGUUGCAGUAGGUCAACCUCUCAGAACUGGCCUUGAAGCACUGACCUUGGCCCCUCCUCCUAUGCAGUGUAUGCAAGGACAGCUAACACAUAAUUAUAGUGCUUAUAAAACAGCUGGUAUUCAACCGGGUAUUCCCAUACCUGUCCCUCCAUUACCAGGUUUACUAGGUGCCAUUCCACCUGGACCAAGUGGAUUCCCUAAUACAAGCUUUCUACAAUUUCCUCCUCCGGUCAAUCAGCCACCACCAACCCUUCCACUGCCUCAAGGUUUGAUUCAAAGGCCCCCACCAGGAUUUUCUGUUGACCGUUUUGAAUCUCGUGGGUCGCGAUCUCGUUCUAGAUCUGAUUCACGUUCAAAGUCUCAUUCUCAUUCUGCGGAUUCACGUUCUCGUGACUUUCGUUCUCGUUCACGAUCACAAUCUAGAUCUCAUAGUUCUCAAAGUAGAUCUCAGUCACGCUCUGAUUCUCGUGAUUCUCGUUCCAAAUCUGUGUCACCUAAUAAUGAUGAUGAAACUGGUAGCAACCAGUCACGUGGCCUUUCAAGAGAUCGAAGACGUAACAGAUCACGUUCACGAAGCUCAGGUUCACCGUUUGCUCGAUUCACUUCAGCUCCUGGACCUGGUGGUUUAGGAGCAGCCGGUGGAGGCGGUAGCGGUGGGAAUAUAAAUGCUGCUCGUGCUGCUGCAAUAGCAGCUGCGGUUUCCAUAGCUAAUUCAAUCAACGCACAAUCUGGCUGGUCCAAUAACAAUGUUAGUAAUAGUAACAAUACUAGUAAUAAUAUACCCACUAACGCAUUUAACAACCAAGGCUUUAGCGGGCCUGGUCUUUUACCAGGUGGUCCGUACGCAGACACCAAUAGAAUAACCUACUAUGGCGGCGGAUUUCAACCUAACCAGGGACAACACAAUCGUGGCGGUGGUGUUGGCGGCGGCGGUUCACGUGGUGGUUACAAUUCCAAUAAUUUACCAGGGCGAGGAGGCGGUAAUAUGCGAUAUCAUGGGUCGGACGAUCGCUUUUAUCCACCUCCACGCGAUCACCAACGUCGGUAAAAAUGCUUUACUUGUUCAUGAGAUGUUUUCGAAUUAUACUCUUUGACUUUUGCAUUGUUUCUAUUAAUGAAUAUCAUUCAUGUGACUGUAAAUUCAAACAAUCUAAAUACAACUAUAUAUUGUUUGUU